AGAGAAAUUUAACUAGAUAAUGAUAUGCACAAAGAAGAGGGACACGUAGCAACAGUGACAACCAAAGGACGGUACCAAAUCCAUUUGACUUCAUCUAUUUCUUACUCUUAAUUUCUAUUUAUAGUUUACAACAACAAGAAAGUGCAUUCAUUCCAUUGAGUUCAGUUGAGUUUAAUCUCAUACAAUACAAAAUCUAACUUUAUUUCUUUCUUUCUUUUCUCACGUCUCAAAAAACUUCUCCCUCUUUUCUAACAUAUCAUAUCUUCACGCAAACUCUCAUUGACCAAUUACUGUACUUUAUUUAGCUCAACAGUUUGCUUUAGAACUAUAACACAUACUGCCAUGGGAAGAAUACCUUGUUGUGAAAAGAAUGGACUCAAGAGAGGACCAUGGACACAAGAGGAAGACCAAAAACUCAUUGAUUACAUUCACAAACAUGGCUAUGGAAACUGGAGAUUACUCCCAAAGAAUGCUGGAUUGCAAAGAUGUGGGAAGAGUUGCCGUCUUCGUUGGACAAACUAUCUGCGACCGGAUAUAAAACGAGGUCGAUUCUCUUUUGACGAAGAAGAAACUAUAAUUCAGCUACAUAGCAUCCUCGGCAACAAAUGGUCUGCAAUUGCUUCUAGGCUACCAGGAAGAACAGACAAUGAAAUCAAGAAUUAUUGGAACACUCACAUUAGAAAAAGACUCAUGAGGAUGGGAAUUGAUCCAGUGACACAUAGUCCAAGACUUGAUCUUUUGGACCUUUCAUCUAUCCUAAACUCAUCUUUUUAUGCUUCUGCUUCAAUGAUGAACCCUGAGAUUCUAAAGUUGGCUGCAUCACUCUUCUCCUCUCAAGAGAAUCACCAAAUUGAUCAGAAUCAACAAGUUAUCUCACACUUGGUUCAAACUCAAAUUCAGGACUCCAUUCAUCAAGAAGCUUACAACAAAUUAAUGAAUCCAAAUCCACCUUUUGAUAGUUCAAUGCUUUUCAAUCAAUCACAUUUUGUUGAAUCCAGUGAGAAUCUAUAUCCAUCAUCCUUUAUACCUGAAUUUGGCUUCCAACAACAGCAUGAACAUGCUCAAUCAAGUACUAUAACAGAUGAUUUUGUUCAUCAAUUACCAAGCUAUGGAAAUGAUCUAUUUAUGGAACCACACAUAUCAGAAACCUCAACAUUUCAUUCCAAUAACAUCAACCAGAACUUCGAUUUACCUUCGGUUCUAUCUACGCCUUCAUCAAGUCCCGCACGGUUGAAUUCGAAUUCGACUUAUAUCAACGGAACCAGCAUUGAAGAUGAGACAGAAAGCUAUGUUAGCAACAACAUGUUUGAAUUUCAAAUAUCAGAUAUCUUAGGUGUGAAUGAGUUCAUGUAAUGUGGAUAACUAUGGAUUGAUGUUGAUUGAUACAUGUAACAUUUUUCUAAAACUUUAUCAGAGUUGAUACUUUGACAUUGUUGAUUGAGGCUUUGGCUGUAUUAGGAAGUAUGCGAAAGUCUUCAUCAUUUUCAAAUUAUUGAAAUACAUUCAAAGUUUCAAUUAUUGCUAUGUUACUGUAUGCAUGUCUGUUUUUUUCUUAGAUU